AUGGCUUCACCUUCUUCAACACGAUUAGAUCUCGACGGAAACCCAAUCAAACCGCUAACAAUCUGCAUGAUCGGCGCCGGGGGUUUCAUCGGUUCUCAUCUCUGCGAGAAGCUCAUGUCUGAAACUCCUCACAAAGUUCUCGCUUUGGAUGUUUACAAUGACAAAAUUAAGCAUCUUCUGGAACCGGAAACGCUUCCCUGGAAUGGCCGCAUUCACUUCCACCGACUUAAUAUCAAAAGCGAUUCGAGACUUGAAGGUCUCAUCAAGAUGGCAGAUCUGGUGAUAAAUCUGGCUGCGAUAUGUACUCCUGCGGAUUACAAUACGCGUCCUCUUGAUACGAUUUAUAGUAAUUUCAUUGACGCGCUUCCUGUGGUGAAGUACUGUUCUGAUACUAACAAGAGGCUUAUCCAUUUCUCUACUUGUGAAGUGUAUGGGAAAACGAUUGGUAGUUUUCUUCCUAAGGAUAGUCCUCUUCGUCAGGAUCCUGCAUACUACGUGCUUAAAGAAGAUGUGUCUCCAUGCAUUUUCGGUUCAAUCGAAAAGCAAAGAUGGUCAUAUGCAUGUGCUAAGCAGUUGAUUGAGAGACUGGUUUAUGCUGAGGGUGCUGAAAAUGGCUUGGAGUUUACUAUUGUGAGGCCCUUUAAUUGGAUUGGACCCAGAAUGGACUUUAUUCCCGGCAUCGACGGUCCAAGUGAGGGUGUUCCUCGGGUUCUUGCAUGCUUCAGCAAUAAUCUUCUCAGAGGAGAGCCUCUCAAGCUUGUUGAUGGUGGCGAAUCCCAGAGAACCUUUGUUUACAUCAAAGAUGCUAUUGAAGCUGUCCUAUUGAUGAUUGAAAACCCUGCCAGAGCCAAUGGUCACAUCUUCAAUGUAGGCAACCCAAACAACGAGGUUACCGUUAGGCAGCUUGCCGAAAUGAUGGUCAAGGUCUAUUCAAAGGUAAGCGGAGAACAACCUCCUGAAAAAUCCACAAUCGAUGUUAGCUCGAAAGAGUUUUAUGGUGAAGGAUAUGAUGACAGUGACAAGAGAAUUCCUGACAUGACCAUAAUCAACCAGCAGCUCGGAUGGAAUCCUAAGACUUCACUAUGGGACCUGCUCGAAUCGACACUCACCUAUCAGCACAGGACAUACGCAGAAGCCAUCAAGAAAGUGAUUGCACAACCCAUUGCAAGUUAA